UUGGCCCAUCUGAUAGGUCAAAUCAUAUCGGUCACUGUACAGUUUUUCUAAACCGUCCAUUUAUGUUGUACAUACGUUGCUCAAGCAUCCGACACGUGUGCGAGACACGUCUGAGCCGCAAUCAGGUCCCCACCAAUGACGGCAUAAGAUAAAGUGGGAGGGAGAUCCCUCAACGGUCAUUUCCCAACGACCUUUUGAAAUUAGAUGAACCGUACAAACUGCAAUUCCCUACUCCAGAGCUGUAAAAGCUUACAAGAACUGAAGCAAAUUCACGCUCAGACAAUAGCCCAAGGACUCCAACAUCUCCAACAGCUAUCAUGCAAGAUCCUCAACAGCUACACCAGAUUCAACCAAACGACAGAUGCCCACAUGGUAUUUCACCAGAUCCGAAACCCCGAUAUCGUCUCCUGGACCAGCCUCAUUUCCCUCUACCUGCAAAUCGAUCGCCCACAGGAUGCAUUUUCGAUCUUCUCCCAGAUCAUAUCCAGCGGUCUGAUUCCUGAUCGGUUCGUGAUCGUGGGCGCACUCUCAGCUUGCGGCCGAAAAGAAGAUCUGGGCUGUGGGAAACUGGUCCAUGGCAUGAUCCACCGGUAUGAACUAGGCUCUGAUACCAUCGUUGAUAACGCGUUGAUUGAUAUGUAUUGCAGGAAUGGGAAGAUUCAGAUGGCCCACCUGGUUUUUAGCAAGAUGGUGGUGAAAGACGUUGUUUCUUGGACGAGCAUGCUUCAUGGGCACAUCAAGUGCAAGGAUUUAGAAUCCGCAUGCCGGGUGUUUGACAAAAUGCCGGUUAGGAAUGCAGUCUCUUGGACAGCUCUAAUCACAGGUUAUAUCCAAGGUGGGAAACCGAUUGGAGCUUUGGAACUCUUCCACCGGAUGAAAUCUGUUGGUGAGGCUCCAACUGCCAUCACCAUCGUUGGGGUACUUUCCGCUUGUGCUGAUAUUGGUGCUCUCGAUCUUGGCCGUUCGAUCCAUGGGUAUAUAAACAAAACCGACAUGAGUUUGAACACCACUGUUGGUAAUGCUCUGAUAGAUACGUACUCAAAGAGUGGAAGUGUUGGAAUGGCAGAGAAGGUCUUUGAAAACAUGUCAAAGAAGGAUGUCUAUUCAUGGACGACGAUGAUAUCAGGCUUUGCUGCACAUGGUAAUGGAAACAGAGCAAUUCAAGCAUUUUCAGAGAUGUUGCAUUUGGGUUUGAGGCCAAAUGAGAUCACAUUCGUUGCUGUUCUCUCCGCUUGUAGCCAUUCAGGACUCAUCGAUGAGGGGCGAAGAUGGUUUGAUCAAAUGAGAGAAUCCCACAAUUUGAAACCUAAUAUUCAGCACUACGGGUGUAUGGUCGAUCUUCUUGGCCGAUCUGGGCUUCUAAAUGAAGCACAAGGGCUUAUAGAAAACAUGCAAAUGGACCCAGAUGCUAUUAUUUGGAGAUCUCUGCUUAGUGCUUGUCUAGUUCAGGGGAAUGUAGAAUUAGCUGAAAUGGCAGGAAAGAAGAUCCUUGAAUUAGAACCAGAUGAUGAUGGGGUUUACAUACUUCUGUGGAACUUAUAUGCUGCGGCAAGUAGGUGGAAAGAAGCAUUGGAGAUGAGAAAGUUGAUGAAAGAUAGGAGAGUAAGGAAGAGACCCGGGUCAAGCUGGAUCGAGGUGAAUGGUGUCGUGCAUGAAUUUUUCGUCGAAGAUAAGAUGCACCAUCUCCGCAAAGAAAUUUACUUGGUUUUACAAGGCAUUACUCAGCAUCUGAAGCUGGAUUGAUAGAGUGGACCUCUCAAUCUUACAUUCUUCUCUGUUUUAAAUGGCCCAACAUGACUACAUGAGCUGGAAAUCCCCAUUUCCAUGUAAAAAAGCAUCUAUUGGCUUUUGAGCAAGGUGGUUGGUGACUUUGAAAGAUGAACAGGUUCUGAUCAUAACAACAGAUGAAUCAAGACAUCUCAACUGAGUGAUGCCUACUAGUACAUCGUCUGAGAACUAUCCCAGAUCUAUACUAAGGCAUUGACGGUGAUCUCAAAGAUCACAUAACAGAAUGUGAUAUGACUAGAUAGAAUGCAGUAGAAACAGAGACAUGGGAUGGGUUAACUACUCCCGACGGUCAAAUCUAGCUGUUUAAGUUUGAAUUCUUUCAUUAAAUCUCCCCCAAGUGGGCUGCUGUAUUUCCAGGAUUGGAUUAAUAUUCGAAUUCAAUUGGUAUUUUACAUGCA